UCAGAAGUAUUCCACCUUCCCUGAUGGCGGCGGCGGCGGAUUGGCGGCGGCACGACGAGCCAGCUUAUCCAUCUUGCGCUGUCUGCACAGACACAGAAAGACACACUGAUCCUCCCGGAUUUGCCUUUCCCCGCCUCAUCCCACAAUCUCACUUGAUGUUCAUCCAGUCAUCCCGCAGGGUUAGCCUCAACCACACUUCAUACGUCAUCUGACUGACGCCCAGCAACCCCAACGCGCCAAUGAGCAACGCCGCAGCGGCAGCGAACACCACAGACGGGAGGCCAGGGUGGGAACCCUUUGCGCCUCUCGGGGCAGCGCACAAAUCAGCUACCAGGCUACGCGUGCGGGUGGCGAGGACCGCUAGAGGACAGCAAAAAACAAUGAGAAAUCUCAGCGUAUGUCUGUGUCAUGGUCGCUUAGUGGCUUACAGCAUGACUUGAGUGCCUCGAUGUCUCUUGCGGCCAUGAUGGGGCCGCCCAGUAUGCCGCUCGCGUGGUUGUUCAGCUUGGGCGCCAGCAGGUUGGUCAGGUCAGCAAACGCCGCGUACUGAUUGAUACAUGCGGAGACACACGACCUUAUUCGUUCGUCAAUGGCCUCCAUGUGCAUCUCUGCCUGGUUGUCUUACCUCGCGAUGCAGCAGGUUCAUGGUCUGGUUGAUCCACUCGAGCAUCGUCGCAUUGGUAUCAUAGAAAAUGCCAUCCAGCAGGACCCUUAGGCUUGGCCAAGAUGUGGCGUUCGUAUCAACCGUCGCGUUGGCCGUCACAUUCCCUCGCACCACCCCUACCCCAUUAGCCGACGUCCCAUUCGACGUCCUAUUGGUCGUGUUGCUUGCAGCAGCAGCAGCAGGAGGCGGACCCUCUGUCGUGGUGCUGAUGCUUGGCCCAUCCGCAGUAGCAUUCAAUGCAGCCGUUGGGGCCAUUUCCAGAGGUGUCGCAUCGUCAGCUGACUCAGAGGUGUCAGCCGUAGCUGCUGCCAUGUAUUGCUGAAUGAAUUGCGUGUCGAGGGCGAAAGACCUGGCCGAUGCGACUGGGAAUGGGAAAGUGAGCAGCUGCUCCUUCAACCGCGCAACACGGAAGGCCUGACAAAGGGUAGCAGAGGACAUGUGAAAGGGUAGCAGAGGACAUGUGAAGACGACACCCCCAGGGAGGAUUGAAAGUGCGCCGACCUCUGCGAUUGAAAGUGACCCGUAGGAGGAUAGAACCUGCAUGCACGCCACGCGGAACCCGGCGCCAUGGUAUGGGCCUGUCUGUCUGUUAUUCUGUCUGUGUCUCACUGCGCGUACCAAGUCUUCACUAGGGUAUGUGGCUGUGAUGUAUCUGCAGCUCGACGCGGGAUCGGCACACUCAUGCCAUGGUGGAUCCAGGCCUGCACCCAGCCAACCAAUUAAGAUGAAUGAGAACACACCCUAGUGGCUGGCUGCCUGCAGCGGGGCCGCUUUCCGUUACGUUACGUACUUGUGAAUGUCCAUGGAGGCCUCUCCCGAUUGAUUAGGAGGUUCAAGUGAUACGUAUACGUCCACAAACCAGGCAGCACUGCAUUAAUUAGAGACAGGAAGGACAGCAAACAAGCGACACCGUGUCCCGUAUACCACGCUCCUCAAUUGCUGCCUCAUUGACUCACGCUCUCUCGCUUCGUCCUCCUGGCCCGCAUACGCCGACGACGUGCGCAUGACAUCUGGGAGGAAUCCCUUGGCGUCGGUGUACGUGAAUGUCUUGCCGUCCAGCGCUGCCGCAUCCGUUGCGAGAGUCUCCAGGGCAGAGGGGUUCUGCUGAGUGGGCGGACGACUCAGACGCGAGAGAUCUAUCUCACUAGAAAACUCCAGGGCUGCAGCAAUGCCUAGCGCAUGGUUGAUGUUGCCGUCUCCAAGUAUGCACUGAGACACACACACAUGCACCAUGACAUACGCAGAGAAAUAGAUCAGAUGCUUCAGGGACUUGCAUAUCCUUCUCCACACCGUCUGGAGGAUGUGCGACACAUCGUCUUCUAUCGGUAUCCAGCCAUCGGGGGAGAUGUACCUCCCCCAAUACUAUCAAACAGACACACACAGGGGAGGAAAGGACCGGUCAGGUUCUCUUGUCGUCUGUUGCGUGAGUCCGUCAUUACGUCGGUCGUGAGAACCCGCUCUUCCAUGAGAUAGCACACGUCGUCCAGGUGCAUGGCCACCAGCACCAGCGCGCCACCCAGCAUCAGCAAAAACGCGGUGAACGGACAUGCCACCAGCCACAACACCGCAGACACAACAGCCAACCUUCCCUGUAUGCUGCGCACCGACACACACAGAAGCAACGCACCAUUCACUCACACGAUGGAUACCAAUCCCCCACGACCACUGACCGUUUGUUGAGUGGGUCUUCGUCUCCCCGCAGUUUAUCCUCUUUGUCGAUGCCCAGAAGCCGAUUCAAGUCAUCAUCAGAGUCAGACCGUAUGCCGAUCCUCCCGCCACGCACAGCUCCCGGUGCCUUCCUUUUCUCACCAGCACCACCAGCGGUGCUGGCAAUGCCGCUCUCGCAAAUGGGGUAGACUCUGGGCACGGUCGAUGAGCGAGGAGACACGUCGAUGGCUGCUGCUGCGGUGUGCUGCUGCGGUGGCUGUUGUGGGUUGUCGAGUGCCCACGCCUCUUUUGGCUGUGACGGGAGGGAUGUGGGGACGGAGAAGGGAUGCUCAACACCGGCAAGCACCUCAAUGUCAGACUGCAUCCGUCCUUGAAGCGAAAGAGUUGACUGUUAUGUGUCCCUGUCUCACCGGUUGCCGGAAAAGGUAUGUGAACAGGGCCGCCAUGGCGAUGCACAGCAGACAGGCUGCCACUGAUCAAUCAACACCCACCAAUGGAGAAAGAUGUGCACUAGUGAGACAGCCACACCUUGUUAACCAUUGUCUCAUACCACAUGCCAGAGCAGCUGUGUAGAGGCCACACUCGAGGUGCCACGCACUCUGGAACACACACAGAAAGACCCCCUUCGUAAGCAUAUUUAUGUCCAUGUGCGUACUUUGUCGAAUCGGUUCAUGAUUUUGUUGAAUUGCUUUUCGAGGUCGCUGACGGCUGAGCCGACCACUGACUGACAGAGACACACAGACACAGACACACACAUACACACACAUACGCACACACAAGAAUCCAUCAAAGAGGAUAGUGGCUGACAUGAGCAUGUUCAACGCGUUCUAUGCUGUCGUCCAGGUGCAGCCGAGCCGCAUUGGAGGGAUGAAUCGGAUUGGUUAGGGAAGCAGAUAUCUCGAGACGUGUCGUUGAUAACCGACCUGCAAACACACACCUACUCUCUUUGCAAAUGUCGACUUGUGGCUGAUUGACUGUCGAUUGUCGACCUGCCCAGCCAGUGAUGAUGUCAUUAGUGCGGAAUGUGUCGAGUGUGUCCCAUGCGCCGGUGCAGUAGGCGCAGUCAUGCUCCUGGUACUUCUGGAACAUCUCAUAGAUGCUUUUCAGGUCACUCGACGCAUUGCUGAACACAUCAACACCUGAAUGCAUUCAUUAGUGGAUGAACGAACACAUACAGGCAGGCAGGCAAGAAAGACUUGUCUCUAUCCUGCCGCACCGUCAGUGAUGUCCUGUGUCUCGUCGAUCAGCUGCGGCAGUACACCCCUGCCGUCCCUUAAGGGUCGGUAGACGUCAUGCAGCUUGGCCCACAGCUACAUGAAUCAACGAGACACACACAAAAAGCAGACAGACAGACAGACAGACAGAAAGACAGACUCGAAACCUCACGUCAGCCGCUGACUGCAACAGCAUUACUCACUCAGUCACUCACUGGUUCCAGCCCAAUCCACAUGUGUGCGCCGCUACCGCUCAGCGUCACCUCGAACAACUCGCGCAAGUCGCACUCGAUGUCGAUGAUCAUAUGCCCCCCGUUCACCGCCCAGAAGAUACUCAGCAUCGAGCACAGUAGGACAGUCACACCGAAGCCGACAAGCACCCCAAUCGUCCGCAGCUUCUUGUAUCGCCGCAGCACGUCCCUCCGCUUCAAGAAGCGACAUGGGCAGCACGGACAAGCCCUCCUGAACAGUAAAAACCAGAGCAAAUCAGCACCGAAUGCAGUCAGCAGUCACCCCGACUGCAUGAUACCAAUGAAAAGAGCACGGCUUCAACAUCAAGAAGCCGAGGUAAUAGACGGCGAGCAAGACGCCCCCAAGCAGUGGGACGCUCCACGAGGCCAGGCUCGUCCCGUAUGUGUUCCUGUCGAGCUUCAGCCUCCCCCCGUCCUGUUGCAGGUUGUUUGCGAAGGCCUGCCUGCCGAGCCGCAUGUCCUGGACAGAAAAAGGAGCCCCGAGCGUCGGCAGGCCUGGCCAUUUCAGCGGCUUGUCACGGCAGUAGUCGUCUAGCUUCACCAUCC